AUGUGUCGUCAAGCGGUCUACUAUCAGACAGUGCUGAGCAAUGCAAUUCUACACAAAAUUCUGAAAUUGAGCCCAUCAGCCAGGUCAAAUCGAACCGCUGGAGAGAUUCUGAACCAUGCCGCUGUGGAUAUCGAGAUUAUCGUUCACUCGAUACCGUAUUUACAAAAUAUGUGGUCUGUACCGUUUCAAGUCACUCUCGCGAUGACUCUCCUCGCCAUAACCCUGGGGUGGGCCGCGGUGGCUGGUGUCAUUAUUAUGAUUUUCUACAUUCCUAUGAAUUUUUUAACCGCGAAAUUUAUCAAAUUAUCACAACAGAAGCAGAUGAAGAUUAAGGAUGAGAGAACCAAGUUAUCGAAUGAAAUGCUCAACGGAAUCAAAGUAGUCAAGUUAUACGCGUGGGAGGAGUCAUUCGAGGAUCAAAUCAAUCGGUUGCGAGCCAAAGAGGUCAAAAUGCUCCGAAAUGUGUGCAUUUUGAGCAGAAUCGUUGAUGUGGCAAAUGCGGCGAGCCCAUUUCUGGUGGCAAUUGGCUCAUUUACAUGCUAUGUGCUCCUGUCAAGCGACGAGAAUGGGCUAACACCUUCUGUGGCGUUUGUGGCACUUGUUAUCUUUAAUCAGUUGAGACAACCAAUGAGAAUGGUGGCUAAUCUUAUCACCACACUUGUUCAGGCUCGCGUCUCGAACAAACGAAUUCGUCAAUUUCUGAACGAAGAGGAGAUGGAGAAAAAGACAGAAGUGGCGCUAGGAAACGCGAUCGUCUUCAAAAAUGCCACACUGAACUGGAAAGGGAUCGAGCAUCCACCGGUGUUGAGAGAUCUCUCCGCGACCAUCAAACCAGGCCAACUGAUCGCGAUCGUCGGAAGUGUCGGAGGUGGAAAAUCGUCGCUUUUAAGCGCGAUUCUAGAUGAAAUGGUCCUCUUGGAGGGUCGUGUCAAAGUGGGCGGCUCAAUUGCAUAUGUCCCUCAACAUUCUUGGAUUUUCAAUAAAUCCAUAAAAGAGAACAUUUUGUUCGGAAACGAGCACAGCAAAAACUUUUAUGAUCACGUGAUUGGCGCGUGUCAGUUGAGACCUGAUUUCAGACACUUUCAGCAGGGAGAACAGACCAUGGUUGGGGAGAAUGGUAUAACACUGUCUGGAGGGCAAAAAGCGCGGAUUUCUCUUGCUCGAGCGGUUUAUCAGGACAAGGAGAUCUAUCUACUCGACGAUCCGUUAUCAGCUGUGGAUGCACACGUCGGAAGAGCACUUUUUGAUAAAGUGAUUGGUCCAGAAGGCCUACUAAAGUCAAAAACGAGGGUUCUUGUUACUCAUAAUCUACAGUAUACCAGACAUGUGGAUAGCAUUUUUGUUAUUGAAGACGGUCUAAUCGUUCAACACGGUCGUUUCGAGGACAUUGCUCAUCUCGAAGGCCCAUUCGGCCGUCUUUGGGCCGAAUGUGAGAAUUCAGAAGAUCAAGAGGAUUCUUCUGAGGAUUUUGAAGAAGACGUCACACCUCCAGAAGACACCCCUCGUGCUGCCAAAAAAGUGGACCGAGCCAAUUCGCAUUUUUCAGAGAAAUCCGAAAAAAUUCAAAAAUCCGAAAAAGCUGAAAAUGCUGAAAAUGUGCAAUUGGGUCGUGUCAAGAAGAGUGUCUAUAAGUUGUACAUCCAGACAAUGGGAAUUUCCAAUUCCUCACUUUUUUUGAUUUUCUUCAUUGCUCAUUUUUCUGUAAUGAUCCUCCGAUCAUUAUGGCUAUCCAACUGGUCAAAUGAGAAUGCGGAAAUCAAGAAAAGGGGCGGAGCCUACAAUUCCACGGAUCUUCCAAUGAGUGUGGAGACGCGGCUGAUAGUCUACGCCAGCUUUGGUGGUUUGGAGAUGUUCCUAUUGGCGAUGGCUUUCGUUGUAUUAACUGCUGGAAGCCUGAAAGCCUCCUACGGACUUCAUGCGCCUUUAAUCCAUGCUCUUCUCCGUGCCCCAAUCUCGUUCUUCGACACCACACCCGUUGGCCGAAUCAUCAAUCGGCUCUCCAGGGAUCUUGACGUCAUCGACAAACUUCAGGACAACAUCCGAAUGUGUACACAAACCCUGCUGAACGCAUGCAUGAUCCUUGUCCUUAUCUCCAUCUCCACACCGAUUUUUUUGCUCUGUGCUGCGCCUUUAAUUUUGAUCUACUAUUUUGUCAUGACCUACUAUAUUCCCACGUCUAGACAGCUGAAACGUCUGGAAAGUGCAAGCAGAUCACCGAUUCUAUCGACUAUCGCCGAAUCGAUACAUGGUGCAUCGUCGAUUCGAGCAUUUGAUAAGACCGAACGCACCACAACCGCCUUAUCAACCAAUGUGGAUAAAUUCGCCCAGUGCAGAUAUCUCUCCCAUAUGUCGAAUCGAUGGUUGGCUACUCGUCUGGAGCUACUCGGGAACACUACAGUACUCUUCGCCUCCCUCUCAGCCACCUUAUCCACCAAAUACUUCGGAUUGACACCUGGAAUGGCUGGCUUAUCAGUGUCCUACGCUCUAACUAUCACAGAAGUGCUCAAUAUUUGUGUCAGAAGUGUCAGCGAGAUUGAAUCCAACAUUGUUUCCGUUGAACGUGUCAAUGAAUAUCAAAAAUUGGAGCCAGAAGCACCGUGGGAGGUGGAAAAUUCUGAAAAACUGGACCAAAAUUGGCCGGAUCAGGGGAAAAUCGAGCUGGAAGGAUUUUCAAUGAGAUAUCGGAAGAAUCUACCAUUGGUUUUGAAGAAUAUCGAUUUGAAAAUUCAUGGAGGAGAGAGGAUUGGAGUUAUUGGAAGGACGGGAUCCGGAAAGAGCUCGUUGACAAUGGCAUUGUAUAGGAUGAUUGAAGCCGAAUCAGGUACGAUUCGAAUCGAUGACGUGGCUAUCGACACAAUUGGCUUGCAUCAGCUACGCUCCAAGCUCAUUAUAAUUCCCCAGGAGCCAGUGGUCUUCUCCGGAACCCUAAGAUUUAAUUUAGACCCUUUCAAUCAAUAUUCUGAUGCGGAAAUUUGGAAAUGUCUGGAAAUUUGCCAAUUGAAACCGUUCGCCCAGGACGAUGAGCAAUGUUUGGAUAGGCACAUUUCCGAGGGUGGCAAGAAUAUGAGCGUGGGCGAGCGACAACUGCUCUGCCUGUGCCGAGCGUUGCUCCGCGGAGCCCGAAUCGUGAUUCUGGACGAGGCGACGGCUUCUGUGGAUACUGUAACCGAUGGAAUUGUUCAAAGAGCCAUUCGACAACACUUUCCCAAAUCCACGACAAUUUCCAUUGCUCAUCGUUUGGACACAAUCGUAGACUCGGAUAGAAUCGUAGUCCUUGAUGCCGGACGGGUCGCCGAAUUCGACACUCCCUCAAAUUUGUUGCUCAAUCCGGAUUCGUUGUAUUCUCAGCUAUUAAAUGAGAAAAAUAGAAAACAGUGA